AUGUACAAACUUGACAGUACCCUACAAUCGCUCAAUUACCAAACCACCUUCUAUUCCAGCUCGUCCGCCAGAAUCUCCUACACAACCAAAAACAAUGAGCGCAACAACGUGACCUCCAGCCCCAUCCGAAAAUGCCCCGCCACCCGGACCGUCCCCAUCACCACCAUGGCACGCAGACGGCGCCUUCUCAAAACCCUCAUCGGCAUCAUCGUCGGGCUGUUCGCGUCGCGGCUCUUCGCCGACGAGUGCUUCUGGUCUGGGCGCUCCAAGCCCUACCGGCUCAUCGACGACGAGAACCGGCGCGCCAUCAAUAAGAGCCUGCUGUUCGUCGGCGUCAUGACGGCCGCCAAGUACCUGGACGGCCGCGCCAGGGCCGUGUACGACACGUGGGGCCGCGAGGUGCCCGGCAAGGUGAUGUUCUUCGGCGGCGAAUCGGCCUACGCGGAGCACGUGCCGCUGGUGGGGCUCCGAGGCGUCGACGACGAGUACCCGCCGCAGCGGAAGAGCUUCAGGAUGCUCAAGUACAUGUACGAUCGCUUCGUCGAUCGGUACGAGUGGUUCGUGCGCGCCGACGAUGAUGUUUAUGUCAGGACUGAUAGGUUGGAGGAGCUGCUGAGGUCCGUUGAUAGCAGGAAACCUUGGUUCAUAGGCCAAACGGGCAGAGGCAACACCGAGGAAUUCGGGCUGCUCUCGCUGGACGACGACGAGAAUUUCUGCAUGGGAGGUCCGGGGGUGAUUCUGUCGAGGGAGACGCUGAAGCGGAUCGGGCCCUGGUUGGAGGAGUGCCUGGAUAAUCUCUACACGACGCACGAGGACGUGGAGCUGGGCAGAUGCGUGAAGAAAUACGCCGGGAUAUCCUGUACGUGGUCCUAUGAGGCGAGUGACUACUCUAGUAUGCAAGUCAUCCUCUACCACAAUCAAAGCGGAAACGCCGCGUUUUCCGGCGAUUUGAAGCAAAAAGAAGUCCACAGGGCGAUUACUCUGCACCCCGUCAAGCAACCCCAGUACAUGUACAGGCUGCAUAAAUACUUUAAGGGUUUGAAGAUCCAGAAUAACCAGCAGAAGCGCGUCCUGCUGCAUCGCGACAUCGCCUCAUCCAUGCAGGAAUUAGGCUAUCGGAUUGAUAGAGUCAACGCGGCCCGACUCGCGCCCGAUUUAGCACUGUUUGACCAACCCCGCGGAAGCGACGGGUACUUAGGCGAUAGCAGUACUUUAGGCGUACCGGCCGGUUUGAACAGGUACGUUCCUCAAACGUUAGAUGAGGUGUUAGAGUGGGAGCUCAUUUGCAAGACUUUGUACACCCACAGGGAUUCGAAUCCUCGCAAAAGGAUCGGGUCCUCUUUAAAAGAAGGUUUAGGCGAUGUUGUAAGAGAGAUUAUGGAACUGAUUAACUCGUUCUCGAGGCAGAGGGGUAGAGUUAUAGAUUUUAAAGAAAUCCUCUACGGCUACUGGAGAUUGGAUCCUUCGUAUGGUGUAGAUUUAAUUUUAGAUAUGCUGUUGGUUUAUAAAAAGUACAGGGGACACAAGAUGACUGUGCAAGUCAGGCGGCACGCUUAUGUUCAGCAAACAUUUACAGGGAUUUUCGUAAGAGAAGUGGAAGAUUACGCGCAUCACGAUCGAAACCUAGUCAGUUCGGACUCGCUACCGGUGCACAAACAAAUCGUCCACAAAAUAUUCUCGAAAAUCAACGAGCAACUACAGCCCCUGCUAAAUUUCUACGAUAUCAACGAGUCCUGUAUCAAUUUCAUCGUACCGCUAAGCGGUCGCCACGCCAUCUUCACCAGAUUCGCCGAAUUGUACGAGGAAAUCUGCCUGAAAACCUCCGAAAAUACCAACCUCUACGUGGUGCUCUACAGAAACGCCGAAGCUCCCGAAGACUACAACAAAACCGCUCAAUUCCUGCGAGAUUUAUCAGCGAAAUAUCCCCAUCGCAUCGUCCAAACCAUCACUCCAACCGGCCAGUUCUCCAGAGGCAAAGCCCUCCAGCGCGGAGUCGACCAGCUCCACCAGGACAGCCUCAUGUUAUUCAUCGACGUCGACAUGGUCUUCGACAGCGGCAGCUUGCGCAGGAUCCGCUCCAACGCCGUGCAACAGAGGAAACUCUAUUUUCCCAUCGUCUACAGCUUGUACAACCCCAGGUUCAUCAACGCCUCCUUCAGCGAACGCGCUUGGAUCGAUCCCGAGCAAAGGCCAAUCAACGAUAUCAACGGUUUUUGGAGGCAGUUCGGCUUCGGCAUCGCGAGCUUGUACAGGAGCGACUACGAUCGCUUGGGGGGCUUCGAUUUGGAGAUAUCGGAUUGGGGCAACGAGGACGUGGCCUUCUACGAUAACGCCGUGAGAUCGGAGUUGAGGAUCGUGCGGAGCGCGGAUCCCGGAUUGGUGCACAUCUAUCAUCCGGUGAGGUGCGAUGGAAUAAUGGAUGUGAAUCAGAAGACCAUGUGCUCGGGGACGAAGGCCAGCACUUUAGGAUCGCUGCGGUAUCUGCAGGCGUUGUUCUUGAAAUACAAGGAUUUGUUCAGGUAACACGAGGCCCGAUGUGUGUGGGGGUUUGUUCGUCUGUGAUUUAAACAUUCGCGUUCGCUAGGCAAUGAUGUCAUUAAUUUCCAUGUGGUUCAACAUUUCCCUAGUGUCGAUGUUAAUUCUCCCGUUUGGCUAGGGGAAUUUAACGAUGCGUAGUUGAAAGUCGAAGUUCUUGAGGUAAAUAU